GAGGGAUCAAAUGGUGAGGAAAGGAGGGUAAGAGAUUGGGAACAAAUCAAGAGAGAGAGGUGGGGAAUUUUGGCGAAAAGGAAAAGGAACGAGUGGAAGGAACGCAAGGAAUGGUCUUUGAAUGAACCAUCCGCUCUUCAUCUUAGAGAGAGAGAGAGAGAGAGAGGGAUCCGCGCCUCUCUUUUAAGAAACCCUUCUUCUUCUUCUUCUUCUUCUUCUGCCUCUGCAACUGAUUGCGGCACCACAUAUCUCUUCAUCGAGGUACUCAGCCACCGCUUACACGGUUUCUCUCUCUAUACGCAGACACGCUUUUGGAUUCUUGUUGUGGUCCUCCUUUCCUUCUCUCUGAACUCUAGGGUAGCCGCCUGCCUUUUUUAGAGGUCGGCCGAAAAGGAAGCUGCCGGUUUUAGAGAGAUGGUGGAUUUGCCCACCAAUCAUCUUGUCCCUUUUGGGGCAUCAUCUGGUUCUGAAGGUCAAGAUUAGGAUUGAAAUCCUCCACGCCCGUUUGUUUAUGGGUCGAUCUGGUGCGCGUUGUGGUUGGGGUUUGUCUCGUGUUUAGGAGCAACAUGGUGUCAUGACUUGACCUUGUGCGAAGAUUAGGGUUUCGUUUGUUUAGCAGGAUGAGGAAAAGGAAAGGAUUUUCUCGUUGAAGACUUGGUUUAGGGUUUGUAGAUCUGCUUCGUGUUCUAGAGUUUCUCGCUAGGUGGCUUUGUUGGGUGGUUUUGGAAGACACAAUCUAUUGGGGCCGGUUUCCUUGUUGUUGCGGGCUACUGGUUGAUGAUCUGAAGCAAUAUUGAACAGGGGAAAGGUGGGUUUAUAAACGGCAGGCAGGUUGCCCUUUUGUGGGUUUUGUUUGCAGGUGUUUUCUUCUGUUGGGUUUUAUUUGGAAGAUAAGGAGCCAUAUGCUGCUUGAUUGGCUGCGUGUUUAUUCCGAUUUAGUCUUGCUUCCAUGUCCCUUGAUGUUUUACUUGUUUUGGUUUGACGGGGUUGAGUUUGUCAUAGAAAAAAAGGAAAACUUUUAAGUUAUAGCUUCUGCUAUUGUUUUGAUCAUAGAGAACUAAUUGGAUUUCCGCCUUUGCGUGAUAAUUCAUCUUCCUUGCCUGCUUGUUCUGGAUUGUGUUCUGUUGCUGUUUAAGGAUUUGCUGCAUCGGGUUUCGAUUUCCUUUGUUCUCUAGUCUUCCCGCUAGUUCAAUUCUUUGGCAUGGGGAUCAGUAGGGACUGUUGGUUCCUGGCUUUUGACCCGAAAUUUGGAUAUAGGAUGCUUUUCUUUGAACGAAUCGCCAGAUUGAACAUAGGUUUCUGCUUUCACUAGUUUUAGUCUCCAGUUAGAUGUUUGCAGAUGUUGCAUUGCUCAUCAUUCCUGGGGUCAACUGCCAUUGGAUCAACAAAUGAUGUGCUAUCCUUCUAAAAGUUGAGAUCGGUCUUCUGCAAUUUACCCUAUAUGGUGGCACCAGUUAAGUUGGAUUUGGUAGAGAAAGGAUGCUACAUUUUCCCUUUGAUACUCCUUCAGAGAAAAGAAGCAUGGGAUAGAUUUUGCUUGCUGGUUGUAUAUGAUGCGGCAAAUACACUGAAUGGGCGAAGAUGGAUGAACACAACUGAUUCAAGCCUCAAAGAGGACAGAUUGAGGAAUUGUGCAUUUGAAGUCUUUGGUGGACUCUAGAUCUGCUGAAACGACUUAGAGGGAACCACCAGCGUGCUGUUUCUGCUGUUGCAAGGAUAAUGAAGAAUUUGAAUCAAUGAUUUGCUCUUGCACUUGCAGUGGGGUUCCAGCCACUGCAUCGCUAUCAUCAUCCAAUCACCAUGGAAGCCGAGCACCUAAUGCUUUAUGUAGCACAUGUGGGGGAAGUGCAUUAAUUGAUAGAGGAGAAGGUCUAACACGCAGAUCACCUAGAGUGGUGGGGCGCAAUUUUUCAGUUCUUAUUGACCCAAACUUGAACUGGAAAACAGAUACAAAAUCUGCUACUAAAGUGAGGAGGGGUGGAAGGCGGGCCAGGAGUGAAUUCUCUUCUGGCCUUCAAGCACUGACUAUUAAAAAAGGCUAUAAGGAGGGGGAGGAAGUGAACAAGCAGGCUUCAAAUCCUUCAGAGGAUAUGCCAGUCUCUGAUUCAGAGAAGCUUGGUGUAACUCUUCUUGGACAGCGCUUUAGUGCCUCUGUGCCAAUCAAGAAAAGGAGAAUAUCUUUGGUUCGUUCUCCUUCACCCCCACCUCAAAUGCAUUCUCCACGAGCCCUUGUGCCUUCAUUCAAUCCUUGUAUUAAGGAUGACUCUAUCAGGAAGGAACCUCGUUACGGGAUUAUUGAAGAGGAUAUUGACUAUUCAUUUGCUCCUGUAUCUGAGGGCCCUCCUGAAAAUGUGGAUUUCUAUGGUAUUGCAAUAUUGGCAGCUGCUGCUUGCAGCUCUAGUCCAGUUGAGGAACAUUCUAAUUCUUUGGAGGAAGGUGGUGAGGUGUGUGUAUUAACCCCUUUGGCACAUGAGAAAGCCUGUAAGGACCAUAAUUCAUCUUGCUGCUCCUUCAAAGAGAAUGGUGUUGAUUUGAUGGUUAAUGAAACAAAGGAAUCUGAAGGUCAUAAGUUAUUGUCUAGCAUUGAUGCAAGUUUGGACAAAGAGAAUGAUUUGGGAGGAAAAAGUGAUUCUUCUAGCUCAAGAGGGGAGAGGUUCCACUGGGAUUUGAACACUGUGAUGGAUGCAUGGGAGACUCCUUUGACAGUUGAUGCUGUUAUGGAUGAUCAGUCUGGUCAAGUUACCUCAUGCAACCAAAAGUUGGAAGGUACGGGUAGCUGGCAAGUGGUUUGUGAAAACCGUAAUGAAGCAGAAUGUUUCUCUGAUAGACUUGCUGAGAAAUCGGCUAAUGCGACAGGUGUGGAUGGCUCCAUAGCUUGCACAAUUGUGGCUAGCACUGUUGAAAAGCCAUUGGAAUCUAAGUCUGGUGUCAAUGUGCAGCUUGAAAUGGUAACUAAAUCUAAAGAAUUACUUGCAAAUCAAGAAAUCAUGGAUUCUUCUUUAUCAGCAAAGCAGAGUUCUUUCGAAAUGACAUAUAAAUCUGAAGAAUUAAUUGCAAAUCAAGAAAUCAUGAAUUCUUCUUUAUUAACAAAGCAGAGUUCUUUCCUAGGAACUUCAGAUUCCCUGUUCUUUGCAAAGCCCAGUUCACAAUAUAUGAACAUGUGCCCAAAACUUGAUUCUUCUCAUGGGACUUCCGUUGAACAGAAAAAUGGAAACAAAGGUCUUGUUGCUUCUGAGAAUCUUGCAUUAUUUUCAAGUGAUGAGCUUCUGAUGGAAGCUGAUUCUAUUGUUGAUAAAAGUAAUAGCGUUACUGAUAAUGGGGUUUCUGGUGGUUGCGACAGGAGAAUUCUAAGCAAUCCACUAUCUCCUGUCAAAGCAGCAGAUUCCUUUCCUUAUCAAAAGACCAUAAAUUGUGAUGCAGAAACAUGUAAUUCUUUUCCAACAAGUCGUGGUUUAAAACAUGUCAGUGAUGAGGAAAAUUUUAUUGAUCACUCAGAGAGAAGUGAAGCUGCAUCUUCUCAUCCAAUUGUCACUGAUGAGGUGAGUACUCAUGUGUUGAGCAAUGAUGGUAAGAUAGGGGGGGAUUUUGAAAUCUCAGUACCAAAAGGAGGUGAUAGCAGAUCAGGUGGAGAUAACUGCUUUAAAAAUGGGAUAGGUUUGGAGGACAGCAUGGGAAAAGCGGCAGAGGAAUCUGACCAUUUGGGUUCUUGCGCCCCGAUUUCGGAAGUAUCUCUGGUUUGUGAAAGCUUGGGUAUGGACACAGGCUUAUGUGUUGGCAAAGAUUCUGCAGUUGAUGGUGGAGGAUUAUGGGUUAGUGAACAUGCACUGCUUGAGGAUAAAGAAGGCAAACAAUCUAGAUUGAGGGUUGAGGAUAAAGAUGUGAAGAUGGUUAGUACAAGCUUGCGUAGUGAACCUGAUGAUCAAGUGAACAGCAUGGCUGAGGUUGCAUCAGGAGAUGGUUAUGAUAUCGAGUAUGAGUUGGACGGUUCUCUGAAAGAUCCAACUCAUGAUGCUGCCACUGAUGAAGAGCAGACUGAUGAUGAUGACUCACAGUUUGAGGAUGGGGAGUUCAGGGAAGUAGGUUUGGAAGAAGAUGUAGUUGAGGAAGAAGAAGCUGAACACCUCACCUAUGGGCAUGCAGAUAAUGGUGAGGGUGACAACUUUGGUGCUGUUGUAGAGGAGCAUCUCUUGGCAUCAGUAAAAGUUGAUAACAAUGGAUGUAAAGUCGAUGAUCCACAACAAAUCAAUGGUGCUCAUCAAGAAGUUGAUCAAGUUUUUGGGAAGAAUGAGCAAGAAAACAAUGAUUGCUGCCUCCAAGGUUCAACAAUAGCUGGAGCUUCUGAUGUUUUGUCUAGCCAAGAGAGACUGGUGAAGCCGAAUCAUGAGGCCCUUUCAAAACUUGUUCAAGCAUCAAGGGAUAGUCAAGAGAAUGUGGUCAUUGCUGAUCACCAGGUUGGAAUGGAUGCAAAUGGUCCAGGAUCAAAGGAAACGGCUUGUUCGAAUAAAUUUUCAGGAAGGAAACGGUUGCCAGAAGGAAGAGCCAAUUCUGAAGAAGCAAUUUUGGAUAUUGGUGAAGGAAUUGGUAAGAGAAAUCUUGCGAGAAGGAGCUUUGAUGAGCCUGGUCCUCCUGCUGGCAAAGCCUUGAGAAGAUAUGGGUUGACAUCUGCAAGGGAGUUCUCAUUGAGGAUUGAGAAGUCAAGGUCUUCUGAUGUGUCCCACAGAAAAGAUAGGUUACAUGUAUUGGGAAGCAGAUCUGAAAGCUAUGAGGACUCCCAGUUAAGAUUUGAAAGUGAUGUUAGUCGAGGCAAAUCAGUUGGAAGAGGUGGAUCUUCACUAAUGCAUGGCCAGGCAAAGGCAUCUGAUCAUCGUUUGGAUUCAUCAGAUCGUUGGGGUCCUAAUCGGCGUUGUUCUCCUGAUGGUUAUGGUUCUCCUGCUUUUCCACACAUUGGCCCAAAAAAUGCAGCUGAAGUUGCGGCUGCAAAGGUAGAAAGCAGCGGCUUUGUUGUUGCACCUGAUGGAACUCUUGUUAAAGCCGGUUGCUCAAGUUCUCCUAGAAGGAUUAGUAGGCGGUCUGUAAAUUCUCCAUCAAGAGGUGGACGUGGAAGGGUUUCACCAACGGAUCGAGAAGGCGCAGUGGGCUUUGAUAUGGAGUUGGGUUUCGGGUCAAGGAGAGAAAUCCAUCGUGAUAGAAUGGGUUUGGGUCGGGGUCAGGGUCGAUAUGGUUCGAAAAUGAUUGGUUCAAGCCACAGUGUUAGGUAUGACAGGGCUUUGGGAAAUGGAAGGAUUGAUUCUUUAUUAACAUUGGAGCACCGUCAUCUUGGCAGGAGAGAGAGGGAAAGAAGCCUUUCACCUUCUCAGAGAAGGGGCUCGCCUUACCAUCUAUCUCGUUCACGCACAAAAUCUCCAUCAAGGUCCCGUACUCCUCGCUCUCCUCAUCUGUGGCCUUCUCCUCCAAGAGCUACUAGAGGUGGACGUGGUAUAGGCUUUCGAAGAAGAAGCAGGUCUCCGAAUUUUAGGACUGAAGCUAGAAUAGGCAGACUCAAAUCACCUCAUCGACGAACUGGUGUCAUUGACUUAGUGUCAUCAUCCUCUAGAGGUUCUGAUUCUCCUCAUCAUAGAUCAAGAUGGGUUGGUGAUCUUAGGGAAUUGGAUCAUUUCAGGGAACACCAAGACAUUAAGAGUUCUUUAGUUAAUGGGCGGAGAGCAUUUAUAAGGGGUAGCCGUAGGUAUGAUGAAAUCUGCAUUCCAGGAAGGUUGAAAGCGGAUGACUAUGGUAGACCUUUGCAUUCUGGGAGAUUUCCCGAGUUUGCUGGCAAUGGAAGAGGACCAAGACAUGCUGGCAGUGAUGAGGAGAGAAAGAAGCAUGGUGAAACCUAUGGUCCAUCCUCAAGAGCUUACAACCUAGAUGGAGAAAUGAUUCGUGCCCGUUAUGAUAUGGAAGAUGGUUUUAGGCCCCAUGGUUCUUCUCAUCCUAAAAUUGCAGAAGAUUUUCACAGGAGAGGGAGUCCAAGGGAUUAUGAUAAGGGCAUCGAUGGCAGGUUAGUCAAUGGAGCCAGGAGGGAGAGAAGCAGAGAAGAGGACGGGAAUCCUUUUAGAUAUUGCAGAGACAGACGUGAGAGUGUUGGCUUCAAGUCAUUGGGGAUCCAAGAUGUUGGUGAUGGAGUUGAUUCUAGAAGGAGGCCUUCCUGAUCAUUUUUAAUAAGCUUUUCUGGCUUCCCUCUAGCUCAUGGGACAGCAUUUCCUCAACCAUUUCUCAGUAGGUAACCACUUUGUACAAAGCACAGCAUCCGUAGCGAUUCCUUUCUUUGCAAAUUUUGUUUGGGCUCGAUUUGUUUGUUUCUUUGGGCCGGCCACAUGCUGAGUGUUAAUGUAAGUUUGCCAAUGCAGCUAUGCCAACACGAUGAGUCCUUGCCAUUGGUUGAGAGGUCGAUUAGCUUUUCAACUUUAUUGGACCAUUUGUCAGUUAAAAUUGCCAUCGGGAUCAAAUUUGACCCCAUCCAGGCAUUUGCAGAGUUCAUGUCAAAAGAUGCAGAGCCUAGUUCUGAUAAAUCGCAUCAUGCAUUUGAUUCUGCCUGGUUAUGGUUAACUCCAACUGUUUUGUUUAUUAGUUGGUUAGCCCCAAAUGUGCAAAAUGCAUUUGAUUUUGCCCCUUGGGUGAAGGUUACCACUUUUAGUUUUCUUACAAGUAACAUCUUCAGCACGCAAGGUAUACUUUGGCACGCUCCAUUUGCAGGCAAGCCCCAGAUCAGCAACAGUUUUGUUCUUUUUCAUAAUCUCAUUGUCGCACGAAAAGAUUAAUCAUACGGCAUUGACAUAUAUUGUAUAUUAUAUGAUUAUUUAUAUGAUUGAUUAGUUGGAUCUUUAA